AUGUCUUCUUUCGACCCAUUUCGGCAGACGUUCGAACUCGUCAAGGCAGAUGGCAAUAUCAUAAAGGUCGAUGUCGCCGUUCUUGAUUCCGCCAGUCAGGAGAAUCUCGGAAUCUGCACAAAUUACGGUUCCCAAAUCGGCGCGAGUUUCAUGAUGCUUCUGACUAUCGUUGCCAUGACACCAUCGAUCAAGCUCAUCAAAGUUUCCCUCUGGAUCCACAUCCUUGCCCUCAUUGCAAGCACCAUUCGUAUGACGCUGCUCGCUGUUUAUUUCACCUCGAACUGGACCAACUUUUACGCUUACUGGGCCCAAGAUUACUCUCGGAUCACGGCUGGGGACUUCCAUCGAAGCGUCGCAACGGAGACCAUGUCCCUGAUCCUACUGAUUCUAGUCCAGGUAUCGCUCGGUAUCCAGGCCUGGGCUCUCGUCAACCUGCUGCCAGGAUACUGGAAGUGGUUCUUCACGGGGCUUUCCUGUUUUGUGUCCACCGCUGCCAUCGCUUGGCGUAUAGCAUUCAGUGUUAUACAAGUCGAGGCCAUCCUGCUCAUUGCACUGCCCAACCCGGACUGGAUCCGCUACCAAAGCACCAUUAUCGGCGCAGUUUCCGUAUUCUAUUAUUGCGCUCUGUUCAACAUCAAGCUUCUGAUGCACUUGAUCAAAAACCGUGGAAUUCUUCCCACGAGACACGGACUAAACGCAAUGGAGGUGUUGGUGAUAACGAAUGGUCUUCUCAUGAUGGUCCCAGCAGUCUUCGCCGCACUAUAA